AUGGCAGAAGAAGGACCCCAGGUUAAGAUAAGAGAGGCAACGAAGGACAAUGUGGACUUUAUUUUGUCAAACGUAGAUAUAACGCUGGCCAAUUCGCUGCGGAGAGUGAUGAUAGCAGAAAUUCCCACACUGGCAAUAGAUUCAGUGGAGAUUGAAACUAACACAACAGUUUUAGCAGAUGAGUUCAUAUCUCACCGUUUAGGGCUUAUUCCGCUGCAGAGUUCGGACAUCAACGACCUGAUUUAUUGCAGAGACUGUUACUGUGAAGAUCAUUGUGAUCGUUGCUCAGUAGUGCUCACACUGCAGGCAGUAGGCGAAAGCGAGUCUACUACUAAUGUUUACGCCAAGGACUUAGUAAUUGUUAGCAAUCUAAUGGGACGCAAUAUUGGACAUCCCAUCAUACAAGACAAGGACGCCAACGGAGUACUGAUUUGCAAACUGCGUAAGGGUCAAGAACUAAAGCUCAAAUGCAUUGCCAAGAAGGGCAUUGCCAAAGAACACGCAAAAUGGUCACCAGCAUCUGCCAUCGAGUUCGAAUACGACCCUUGGAACAAACUAAAACAUACCGAUUAUUGGCACGAAACCGAUGCUGCUGCUGAAUGGCCCCAAUCUAAAAACUGUGAAUAUGAAGAUCCUCCAAACGAGGAUGAAGUUUUCGACUACAAAGCAAAGCCCGGUACCUUCUACAUGAAUGUCGAAACAGUAGGGUCACUGACAUCAGAACAAGUUGUUGUAAGAGGUAUGAAAACGUUGCAGGAUAAAGUAGCUGACAUUCUUUUUUCACUCAAGAAGAUGGAUCAGGACAAAGUAAAUUUCGGAGGGACUGCUGGUCUUGUGGAGCAAGAUGGCGGUUCUAUGCCCAUGGAACCAGAAUCCGGUUAUCCUUACGCUGGUGACUCUACUCAAUACAAUUCUGGAGGGCCAAGCUCAGGGUUCGAUGAUGCAUGGUAA